GCGGUGUGCGAACUACUCCAGUGGAGGUAGCAGGAAUGCUUCGCUGGAGUACGCUUGUGCGCUUGCGCAGCGCACCACGUCACUUCCGCUAUAGACUUUCUGCAAACUAUAGAAAUCUGGCAGAACACCGUCCCCUACCUUCCCACAACACAAACUCACAGUCCGCUCUGCUGUGGAGUCCCGUGACUUGAGAAUGUCACCUGACUUCGGACGUUAGAAGGACCUUACUGCGCAUGGGCUUUAGCAGCUGCAAGACCUUGGAUAGGAGCUAGCAAUUUGAGCGAUGUCACAUAGCAGCGUUUGAGAUGGGAAUCUUUUAAUGUCGAGCACAUGAAGGAAAUGUGUAACGCUGGGGAGAUAGCAGGAGAUCCAUUGGUAGCCAGUAGCCGUGUCCUGGCUCUGUCGCACUUGCACCCAGUGAUCAAAGCGUUUGUGUGCGGAUCGCUAAGUGGCACCUGCUCUACUCUUCUUUUCCAACCAUUAGAUCUUGUAAAAACGCGGUUACAGACUCAGCAGAUCGUUUCCAGAGGGAGCCAAGUAGGAAUGUUAAAGCUUUUCCUUAAAGUCAUUCGCAAUGAAAACUUCUUGGGACUGUGGAAAGGGGUGUCUCCGAGAUCCAAUAGGACAUUCUCCAGUGGGUGCUGUCAUGUCGGACUCCUGGAAAACCAUUUACCGUCCUUCAUGCGCUGCAUUCCUGGGGUUGGUGUUUACUUCAGCACACUAUAUUUCUUGAAGCAACAUGUUUUAUCUGAGCCGGAACUCAGCCCUCUAGAAUCUGUUCUUUUGGGGGCAGGAUCUAGGACUGUAGCAGGAAUUUGUUUGCAUCCAUUCACAGUAGUAAAGACUCGAUAUGAGAUAAUUUUGACUCCACAUUCAACCCUCUUUUACAUUUCUCUUGUGGGAUUGUGGCUGGUAUCCUGGCAUCUGCAACUACUCAGCCUGCUGAUGUAAUCAAAACACAUAUGCAGCUUUUUCCGGACAAACAUCGUUGGACUGGUCAGACCGCUUACUAUAUUUAUCAGGACAGUGGACAAUCUUCAUGAAGAUUCCUCGUCCACAAACCUGGAUGAGCCUGGUACCCCUGCAGCAUCUUUUCUACCCCAUGCUGGACCUUCAGAGGCUGAGGAAAGGCCAGAGGAGGAAAGCCAGCAGGAGAUUUCUCCGCCUCAGCCAGCGACAAAGUUCUCGAAGGAGGGGAGGAUUUUCGAGUCAACAAACAGCGCAGAUGGCUCGGAGGGAUUUUAUUGACUCACAGGUCUUUGAGUACCUAAAUAAAAAUAAAGCGGAGACCCCGGAGGAAAAAAUUCUCCGAAGCCUGGCUCCUGCCUUAUCUAGAGUGCCUCCUGAAUGGCAUUCUUUGGUGCUAUCUUCAGUAGCAUCAAUAUUGUAUCUAUUCAAGGGGGAUAGUAUUCCCCUCGAUGUUAUUCAAUUCAUAGAUAAGGAGAAACUGAGGCAAGCCCAUAUCCGGGCACAAAUUAGGUCACCAAUGCCAUCUUCUGAAAGUGUGGCACAUAUUGCAGGUCCAGGACCCACACAUCCUGGCAGUUCUUCAACCCCUCAAAUUGUUUUCAGGGGAACAGGUCCCUACACAAGGGAGCUUUUUGAUUUAUAUAUUUUUUUUUAUUUGCUUUAUAUUUUCAUAAAAAGUUAUUUGGAAUCUGCUAUGUUGUGUCAUUA